AUGCUUGACGAUUUCCACAAAGGUCUCGAACCCGCAACCACCACCCAGGACGGAUCCGCCCUCCGGAUCCUCAUCGUCCACACGCGCUGGAACACCCCCAUCGUCCAAGGUCUCGUCGACGGCGCAAGGAAGACAAUGAUCGAGCAACACAAUGUCAAGCCCGAAAACAUCGUCAUCGAAUCUGUCCCCGGUGCUUACGAGUUACCCUUUGCCGCCAAGAAGUUGUUGGAGGUCUCGCAGAUCCGUGCAGCAGAGGGCGCCAAUGACUUGAUUGGAAACGUCAACCUUCUCGAUGGACUCAACCUCAACUCUCCUACUACUACCUCUGCAGGAGCACCACCACCAACGUCUGCAGGAACAACGGGAGCAAAGGGAAGCAGACAGGCCUUUGACGCUGUGAUCUGUAUCGGCGUCUUGAUCAAGGGCUCGACCAUGCACUUUGAGUACAUCUGCGAGGCCGUCUCCCAGGGAAUCAUGCGCGUCGGGCUGGACUCGGGCGUCCCCGUCAUCUUUGGUGUCCUCACUUGUCUCAACGAGGAGCAGGCUCUUAGCCGUGCUGGUCUUGACAAGGCCGGCAAGGGACAUAACCACGGUAUCGACUGGGGCUCUGGUGCCGUCGAGAUGGCUCUCCUCAAGAACCGUACCCUCUAA